AUGGCCAAGAAGCUUAACUUCUUCGAAGAGUUCAUGCUCUCUGGCGUUGCCGCUGGUGUCUCCAAGACCGCCGCCGCCCCCAUCGAGCGAGUCAAGCUCCUCGUCCAGAACCAGGAUGAGAUGAUCAAGCAGGGCGUCCUUGACCGACGAUACACCGGUAUUGUCGACUGCACCCGACGAACCAUGGCUUCUGAAGGUGUCGGAUCCUUCUGGCGAGGAAACCUUGCCAACGUCCUCCGAUACUUCCCCACCCAGGCCCUCAACUUCGCCUUCAAGGGACAGAUCAAGGCUCUCUUCGCCACCUCCAAGGACGCCAGCAACGCCGUCAAGUUCGCCACCAACAUCGCCUCCGGUGGUUUCGCUGGUUCCAUGUCCCUCACCGUCGUCUACUCCCUCGACUACGCCCGAACCCGACUCGCCAACGACGCCAAGGGCAAGGACGGUAAGCGACAGUACAACGGUCUCAUCGAUGUCUACAAGAAGACCAUCGCCUCCGACGGUAUUGCCGGUCUCUACCGAGGUUUCGCCAUCUCCUGCGUCGGUAUCUUCAUCUACCGAGGUCUCUACUUCGGUCUUUACGAUACCAUCAAGCCCAUCUUCCUCGGACCUGAUGCCUCCUUCAUCGUCUCCUUCCUCCUCGGAUGGGCCGUCACCGUCGUCUCUGGCCUCGCCUCCUACCCCAUCGAUACCGUCCGACGUCGAAUGAUGAUGACCUCUGGAACUGGUGUCCACUACAAAUCCUCCCUUGACUGCGGUAUGCAGGUCAUCAAGAACGAAGGCUUCAUGUCCCUCAUGAAGGGUGCUGGCGCUAACAUCCUCCGAGGUAUUGCUGGAGCUGGUGUUCUUUCUGGUUUCGAUGUCGUCAAGAAGGCCUACAUUGACAUGCGAACUUCUUAA